CGAAUCAUUAUAUACUCUCGCAACAGCAGCCUUCUCCCACAAUGACAUCCGUCACGAUCACCACCCCAGCAACAGCAACCUCAACGACCUGCGGCGGCGCAGGGCAGUACGAACUCCCAGUCAAAGAUGCUGCCUGCGGCGUCCCAAAUAUCAAAAACUACCAGUCCCUCUUUGAUAACUGCACGAAGCCAGCUGGUUCCCGACCAUACUACCACGACUGUGCCCUGUGGGGCCUGGCCGUCGACCAGUCUGUCCAGGACCUCACCGACUGCCUUUACGAAGCUGGUGUCGCUUGGGAAGAUGUCUGGUGCCAUGGCGAUACCAACAAAACCGCUACGGCGACGUCUUAUCCUACUCCGACUGCUACGAGUACAUCUACUUCAACUGGGAAAGAGAGCGGCGCAUCUUCAACCUCGUCCUCGACAACCGAGACAAAUAUGGCUCUCUCAUCACAAGGCCAGAUUCCGACUAAGGUUGCCUUGGGACUACUGGGACUUUUCUUGACCGGUGUUUUUGUUUGAGUGUAAGGGAUGGAUGGGUGGAGAUGGGAAAGUGGUGCACUUGGUUGGAAGCAGAAGUAAAUUAUUGGCUAUGAUUCCUUUUUUUUUCUUUCUUGUAUAUUAGCCCAUUUUAAUAUUAAUAUGUUUGAUUAUCCU